AUGUCAAUCAUAGACAACCAACUCAACCCAGUGGGUAACUUUGAAUUUUGCUAUAAUAAAAGCAUAAUCCAUAGCAACGGCCUAUGGCGAGCUGAAAACGCCUUGACAUCUUCUCUCCCAAUCUUUGUCGCCCAACUGGCCUUCAUUAUUCUGAUCAAUCGCAUUGCAGUUCUCCUCCUGAAGCCUUUGGGACAACCUCGUAUAACCGCUGAGAUCCUUGGAGGUAUAAUAAUGGGCCAUUCUGGACUUGGCCACAUUGAAGUCUUUCGAAACUUUGUGCUUCCUAUCAAGAGCCUUUGGACAUUAGAGACGGUUGCGAAUUUGAGCCUGGUUUACUACAUGUUCCUGGUCGGUCUUGAGACUGAUAUAUCCCUAAUUCUUCAUGCUGGGAAAAAGGCAUACAGCGUGGCCCUUGCUGGUAUUAUUGUCGCAAUGUCUGCUGGGUUCGGCUUAUUUUACCAACUCAACUCAAAGCCAUCCUACCCGGGGGGCGCCAUUUUCUGGGCCAUUGGUCUCGCCUGCACCAAUUUUCCGGACCUUGCACGAAUCCUCGCAGACGCAAAGCUUCUCCGCUUGGAGAUGGGACAGACGGCCUUGACCUCCGCCCUUAUCAACGACUUCUGCUGUUGGGUUUUUCUAGUUGUGGCGGUGGCGUUCCUCGAAAUGGGGGUGUAUAUUUCGGUCGCUUCCACCCUUGCCUUCACGCUAUUCUGCGUGUUUGCAGUUCGUCCAGCUUUGAAAUGGAUCAUGUGCCGCAUAACAAAAGAAGAUGAAUAUGAGGAGUACCAUAUUGGCUUUAUUCUACUCGGAGUUAUCCUCUUUGGGUUCAUUGCCGAUGCGUGCGGCGCGCACUCCAUUGCUGGGGCUUUCAUGUUCGGAGUUAUUAUGCCAAAAGGGGAACUUAAAGAUACACUUAUGGAGAAGGUUGAAGACUUCGUGUCAGGAACCAUGUUGCCCCUCUUCUUCUUAGUUAUUGGGAUCAGAGUUAAUGUUGCAGCACUGGCCUAUGGCACAACUUGGACGAACGUGUUGACGAUUAUGGUUUUAGCUUGUGUCCCCAAAAUUCUCAGCACUUGGCUUGUCUCUUUAUUCUAUAAAAUGCCACCGCUAGAAGGUCUGGCCCUUGGACUACUUAUGAACACCAAAGGCUUAUUAUCGUUAAUUAUCCUUAGCGCCGGACGCGAUCGAAAGGCUCUGGACAACCAAACAUUUUCAGUAAUGGUGGUUGCGUGUUGGUUGAUGACGUUUGUGAUAGGGCCUAUCCUGGCAAGCUCUUAUAGGCAAACAUGGCGUUCAGGGCAAUCCGGGGCCCGGACCAUCCAAAGCGCAAAGCCAGACAGCGAGUUUCGGAUCCUUGUCGGCGUUCAUGCCAUGCCUAAUGUCUCCAGCAUCAUCAACCUCAUCCAAGCUUCGAAUCCCACCGAACUAUCCCCCAUUUGUGUCUUUGCCGUUCACCUUGUCGAACUCACUGGUCGUGCAUCCGCCAUGCUCAUUGUCCACGACACAUGCACGAAGUCUUCUCAAGAGAAAGUUGGUGUUGGGCGCGCAAGAGCACAGUCAGAUGUUUUGGGUGCUUUUGAGAGCUUGGAGAGCCGAAGCAAUGGCAUCUCUGUCAAACCACUCACCGCCGUUUCUGCUUACGACUCCAUGCACGAGGACAUUUGCAACCUAGCUGAGGACAAGAACGUGAUCCUCAUACUAAUCCCAUUUCACAAACAAUCCACCAUCGAUGGCGAAUGGGAAGAUACCAACCCUGCUCUCCGAGGGAUCAACCAAAACGUGCUAACCAAUGCGCCAUGUUCAGUGGGUAUUUUUGUCGAUCGCGGUUUGAGUAGUGUGUCCUUGACGCGUAGGGAGUUCGAACAUAGUUGCCAAGGACAACGCUUCGCAAUGCUCUACAUCGGCGGCCCCGAUGACCGGGAGGCAUUGGCUUAUGCGUGGAGGAUGUCUGGGCACCCAGGAGUGAGCCUAGACGUGGUGCGGUUUGUUUCAGCUGAGGAUAGCUUGAACCGAAGAGAUCAAAACCACCAAGGAGAUGAUCACUACGAUGACAAAGAAGGGAUUUUAGGAGAUAUAAACGACCACAAUGAUAAUCGGGAGAAGCAACUGGACGAGGAAUAUCUAGCACAUGUCAGGCGAGUUUCGACGUGCAACCCUUCAGUUUCAUACAUGGAAAAGAUGGUGAACAAUGGGGAGGAAACUUUGAAAGCUUUGAGCACAAUGAAAGAUGAGUAUGAUCUGUAUAUAGUAGGAAGGGGAGAAGGAAUGGUGUCGCCAUUGACAUCUGGUUUGACAGAAUGGAGUGAUUGCCCAGAGCUUGGGGCUCUGGGGGACACGUUGGUGUCUUCCAGCUUUGCAUCCAACGCAUCGGUGCUAAUAAUUAAGCAACAUGCGAGUAGUAGUUAUGGGGAUGAAGUUAUAUAUGAAAUGGAUGGGGGGAGUACUGAUCAUGAAGCUGGACGCAGCAAUAAGGAAGAUCGUGAUUUUCAGUUUUGA